AGUGGAAGGAACUCAGGAAAACGUUGGUUCCUGAUUACUGUAUUUUUGGGCACGUGUCGCACACAUUCUGCAUGGAUGUUGUGCCGGGAACAAUUUUGUUGCUGCUCUCCACAGCUGUCGGUAUUUUUGCUGAAAAUGAUCCCAAUUGCACAGCGCAAGAGUUUGCUGACUGUUUCACAGUCUUAGAAGCUAUAUCUCAGAGAGAAGAUUUGGCACUUGCUGCAACUCAAGAGGAACUGAAUCUAGUAUGCAGAAAGCUACAGCAGGGCGUGAGGUGCAUAGAAGAUCAUAGUUUUCGAUGUUUUACGGCUCCACAGAAGAGAAUAUUUAAAUCAGUGGUCUCAGACUCAAGGCACGUCAUAGAUGAUAUAUGUGUGCAAGGAAAACUCCAGGAAGAUUAUCUUCGAUACGCUCCUUGCCUGAAAAAUGUUUCUACGGACGAAAGGAAAUGCGCGAACCAAUACAAAAAGUUGGCUAAUAAUCAUGGAGGGAACCCAGAUGAUACGAAUUCGGUCAAUGUCAACUAUGGACUAAAAUUGCAUUGCUGUGCUUUUACUGAAUUUGUGGAGUGCCAGCAUGAGUUCAUACUGCGAGAUUGUGGCCAUCAUGCUCAUCAAUUCUUCCAGAAUCAGCUAGAUCGUAUGUCCGGGUCUCUCCUCAACGAACACUGCGCUCUCUUCACUCACGGAUCGAAUGCGUGCUCGUUCAAUCAAAAUGUUGGAGUCAGCUUAUUUUCAAAUGAUUAUUAUAUGUAUCGAAGUUUAUGCAUGUUGGUUACUGCAGUGACGGCACUGUUAUUUUUUAUUCAACGAUGACA